GUCACUCACUUCCCAUGUCCAUGCUUCACUCUCCAACGUUAAAAUCUAGCUACAAUGGGCAGUGUGGUUUUGUUUUUAACGCUAACAUUGCUCGCCGUUAGUUCUUCCACCGUUAAGUCCUGCCCGCCGUCAGACCGGGCAGCACUGUUAGCUUUCAAAGCUGCCCUCCACGAGCCUUAUUUGGGCAUCUUCAAUUCAUGGACGGGCAGCGACUGUUGCCACAACUGGUACGGCGUUAGUUGCGACCCGGAAACCCAUCGGGUCGCCGAUAUAAACCUCCGUGGAGAGUCCGAAGACCCGAUUUUCCAACGGGCUCACCGAACCGGGCACAUGACCGGCUAUAUCUCACCAGCUAUUUGCAAGCUCACGCGCCUCUCUUCUUUUACUGUCGCUGAUUGGAAGGGAAUUUCGGGCGAGAUUCCGGAUUGUAUUACGUCGCUUCCUUUUCUCCGAAUCUUGGAUCUUAUCGGAAACAAGAUUUCGGGCGAUAUUCCGGCCGAUAUCGGGAGGCUGACGAGGCUCACUGUUCUCAACGUGGCCGAUAAUCUUAUCUCCGGGAAAAUCCCACCUUCUUUAACGAAUAUCUCCAGCUUGAUGCACUUGGAUCUCCGAAACAACAAACUCUGGGGCGAGAUACCCCGAAAUUUCGGCCAACUCCGAAUGCUGAGCCGGGCUUUACUGAGCCGAAACCAGCUCUCCGGCCAAAUCCCAAGUUCCAUUUCGAAAAUUUACCGUCUUGCAGAUCUGGAUCUCUCUUUGAAUUCAAUCUCCGGUCCGAUACCGGAAUCGCUAGGUCGAAUGUCGGUUCUCGGAAAUUUGAACCUGGAUGGCAAUAAAAUUUCGGGUACCAUACCGGCGAGUUUGCUCAACUCGAGGAUAAGCAACUUAAACUUGAGCAAAAAUGCGAUCCAGGGUCAAAUACCGGACGUUUUCGGACCGAGAUCGUACUUUACAGCGCUGGAUUUAGCGUAUAAUAAUUUGAAGGGUCCGAUACCGAAAUCGAUGAUGUCGGCUUCGUAUGUCGGACACUUGGAUUUGAGCCAUAACCACCUUUGUGGCCCAAUACCUGCCGGGUCUCCGUUCAAUCACCUCGAAGCGUCGUCGUUUGUUUAUAAUGAUUGUCUUUGUGGGAAGCCAUUAAAAGCUUGCUAGAAGAAAAAAAAAAGUGUUUCGGCCGAGAUAGGAUGAGUUUAUCAGUGUCGGUUAAACCGAAAUAUCGUCAUUUGUUUGUAUUAUGUAAGAGUAAAAUUGAUACUCCUAUAUAUUAUGUUUUUAAUUUGUUGAUUAUAGUUGUGUUUAACCUAUAUGUUGCGUUGAGUAAUGAAAAAUUUAAGGUUUCAAAUUUCAUGCACGUAAUUUGCAUGGAUGGAA